AUGUUAGAAAUCAGGAAGUCCGAGCGUAUCGGAUGCCGGCUGUUCAUCCAGAUGCCAGGAGAUCCAGGUUCAGGCCAAACCACCACAGUAGAGGUUCUGGCACCACAUAUUGUUGCAUUCCUCGUUCCACACGGCAUGAUGCAAUCACUGCUGCUGCAGAGUGAUAGGUCGUUCAAGCAUGCAAGAAAGGUGGCGUACGAGAUGGAUUGGGCAAUGGCUGCGAAUGCGACGCCUCAAGGGCUCUGCGUUAUGGUUGAUAGGCCCUUCUUCCUCCAAAGGAUAUUAAGUAGGAGCCUUGAGCUGGCUUACAAGCACAACUUUACAUCUGGUACGUGGUGUUUUAAGCCGGAUGCUCGCCUACGUGCCCGCUCUAUCCCCCAAUGGGCCCAGCGUAUGGCUGUCGACAACACUCCAGCAUAUGCCAAUGAUAUGGACUUGUCGUUAAGCUUCGUCGACAGAAUUGUUGUUGGCGAUCAUGAACUCCAUUCUGUGCAAAGAAACUUGAAAGACGUUGCAGAUGGCAAAGUCCUUGUCGGCCAGAUUCGCGAGGUCCUGGAAAGUGGCUCAGAGAGCGCCAUGAUCGUUGAUGUGGAACUGCUCUCAGCUGAAUGGGUUUUCCAGUUCAGCAUUGAGAACGACAGCAAAGCUACACGCACCCGGGAGGAGGAAACCACUAUCGGAAUGUCUGUCACCCAGGGCAAAGAGGUUUCCGAGUCUGUCUCCGCCAGCGCUGUAUUUAGCGGCUGGGGGUUCCUUGCCCAAAUCAACGCUUCAACCGAGACCAAAACAUUCACCGCUGUCGAGACGACAAAUGUGAAAAGGGUCAAGGACACGUACCAAUUUCCUCCCGAGGCGUCUAUCUUUGUCUACAAGAGGAAGUACAAAUUCAAGUGCAGACCUUGGAUCUACUGGAAGGCUCAGAAUGCUUGGUUCAACUACCCAGAUGGCAGAAAGAUGCAAGGCGAAUUUGCGAAUGAGAUCACCUCCAACCAGGAACUGAUCAGCCCGGUCGCUUUGUCUAACCACGGCCGAAUCACUAGCAACCCUCCUGCAGGUCUUGUUAUUCCUACUAAAGGGUAUACUCCGACAGAAGUUGGGACUAUCAUGUUCUAUCUCUUGCUUUGUGCUACGUAUCCGGCGUGGAUUCAUCAGUGA